ACCAAGUCAUUGCAGUCUGCAUGCGCCUUGGUCGAUAGAUAUGGAUCUAUCACGUUCCGCCACCUGCACCGUCGCGGCCGUCGCCGUCGUCUGCCUCAUGUUGCCGCGUCCCUGCGCGCCGGCCGGCGACCAGCUGGCCGUCGGCGAGCUGCUCUUGCUCGGGAAAUCCGUCGUGUCCGACGGCGGCGCCUUCGCUCUGGGCUUCUUCGUCCCGGACGAUGCCACCCCGGCCAGGCAGUACCUCGGCAUAUGGUACAACAACAUCCCCGGCCGCCCCACCGUCGUAUGGGUGGCCAACCGGGAAACACCACUCUUCGCCAACCGCACUUCCUCCUCCUCCGGCCCGGCCCCGGCGCUCGCGCUGGCCAACGACUCCACCCUCGUCCUGUCCGGCGCCGACGGCGGCGUUCUUUGGACAUCCGGCGUGCCCUCCGUGGGUACCUCGUCCUCGUCCUCAUCCGCCGUGCUUAGGAACGACGGCAACCUAGUCGUCCGGUCGCCGAACGGGACCGCGCUGUGGCAGAGCUUCGACCACCCGACGGACACCCUCAUCCCGGGCAUGAAGGUCCGGAUGAGCCACCGGACGCUGCGGGGUGACAUCUUCGUGUCUUGGAAGUCCCCCGGCGACCCGGCGCCGGGAAGCUUCUCCUACGGCGUGGACCCCGGUACGUACAUCCAGCUGCUCCUGUGGAACGGGACGCGCCCCUACUGGCGCUCUCCCGUGUGGACGGGGAUCGCCGUCACCACCAACUACAUCGGUGCUGGCACCGUCAUCUACACGGCGGUUGUCGACACCACCGAGGAGAUCUCCACGGCCUUCACUGUCUCCGACGGCGCCUCGCCCACGCGCUACGUGAUCACCAGCUCGGGCGAGUUCCAGGUCGUCAGCUGGAACGGCACCGCGUCGGCCUGGGCAACGCUCGAUUCGUGGCCAGGGUCCAGCGGGUGCAGCCGGUACGGCUACUGCGGCGCGUACGGGUACUGCGACGUCAUGGCGGCGGCGUGCAGGUGCCUCGACGGCUUCGAACCGGCCAACGCGGCGGAGUGGAGCGACGGCAGGUUCGAGCAGGGCUGCCGGCGGAAGGAGGCGCUGCCGCCGUGCGGCGUCUUGGAUGGGGAAGGAUUCCUGCCGAUGCCGAGCAUGAAGGUGCCGGACAAGUUCUUGCUGGAGGGCGGCAACCGGAGCGCGGAGGAGUGCGCGGCGAGGUGCGCGGCGAACUGCUCGUGCGUGGCUUACGCGUACGCCGACCUGCAAAGCAGCAGUGCCAAGGGGGAAGUGAGCCGGUGCCUCGUCUGGGUCGGGGACCUCGUCGACACGCAGAUGAUCGGCGGGCGCAUGGCUGUCAACGGCGAGACGCUCUACCUCCGGGUUGCCGUUGCUGCUGCUGCUUCCAGAGGAAGAAAUGCAAGCAAAAACGCACUGAAAAUUGUGCUGCCGGUGGUAGCAAGUGUCCUGAUGCUCACAUGCAUUUUCUGUUUAUGGUUCUGCAGGCUCAAAGACAAGGGAAGAAGAACCAACUCAACCGAGAGCCAAAACAAGCUGACCGCGUCUAAUUGGAAUGAAAUGGGCCAAGGAGAUCACACUGAAGAUCUUGAGUUGCCAUGCAUACGGUUUGCCGACAUUGUUACCGCCACACGGAACUUCUCCGAAACAUGCAUGAUCGGACGUGGAGGCUUCGGCAAGGUUUACAAGGGAACAUUAGACAGGGGUCAAGUGGUUGCUAUCAAGAGGCUGAGUAAAAAUUCAGAUCAAGGAGCAGAGGAGUUCAAGAACGAGGCCAUUUUGAUCUCCAAACUUCAGCACAGGAACCUGGUUCGUCUCCUUGGCUGCUGCACCGAGGCAGCAGAGAAGCUGCUCAUCUACGAGUACCUGCCCAACAAAGGCCUGGACACCAUCCUCUUCGACAGUGCAAUGAAAUCGGUGCUAGACUGGCCGACGCGGCUGGGGAUCAUCAAGGGCGUGGCGAGGGGGCUCCUCUACCUACACCAGGACUCUCGGCUGACGGUGAUACACAGGGACCUCAAGGCCAGCAACGUGCUGCUGGACGCGGAGAUGAGGCCCAAGAUAGCGGAUUUCGGCAUGGCCAAGAUUUUCGGUGACAACCAGGUGAAGGCCGACACCAAGCGCGUCGUCGGAACAUAUGGCUACAUUGCUCCCGAGUACUUGACGGCGGGCGUCUUCUCCGUCAAAUCCGACGUGUACAGCUUCGGCGUGCUGCUCCUGGAGAUUGUGAGUGGUGUCAGGAUCAGCUCUUCCGAUGGCAUCAUGGAGUUCCCGAGCCUUAUUGCCUUUGCAUGGAGCUUGUGGAGGGAAGGGAAGGCAAGAGACCUGGUGGAUCCAUCCAUGGCAGGGAGCUGUUCAACUGAUGAGGCAUUGCUCUGCAUCCACGUCGGGCUGCUCUGCGUCGAGGACGAACCAAGCAGGAGGCCGCUCAUGUCAUCCGUCGUGUCCAUAUUUGAGAACGGAAGUGUGUCCUCCAUGUCGCUCCCGACGCCGAUCCAGCCUGCAUAUUUCACAAUGAUGGAAGAGAGGAGAGACGAUACUGUGAACACCAGAAACACAAUGACCAUGACGGUUCUCGAGGGAAGGUAGCAUCAGUGCACUCCGAAUGCUUGUAGCUUAGAGCAUCUCAAAACUGCCGUUCAGAGUACUUUGGGCGAAAGACAGUGCUUCAACAACAGAUGAUGUUCAACAACAGAUGAUGUAUAUGCAUAUGAUGAUGCAAAUUAUUUCAUUAUGCCAAAAAAAGGCCUCCUGCUUCUACAUAUUUGGAGCGCCGCUACCGGUGAUGUAAAAACACAAUCGUAAUGAAACCGGUCUUUUUAAGGCACUUUAUGCC